UGACGCGUGGCGUAGACCACGACGGGCUGCGCCUGUCACACCCGCGGCUUGUUGCGGAGGAGCAGCGGGCGCCAUGGCGGUUCUGCUGGAGACCACUCUGGGCGACGUCGUCAUCGAUCUGUACACCGAGGAGCGGCCGCGCGCCUGCUUGAAUUUCCUGAAGUUGUGCAAAAUAAAAUAUUACAAUUAUUGUCUUAUUCACAAUGUACAGAGGGAUUUUAUUAUACAAACUGGUGAUCCUACAGGGACUGGCCGUGGAGGAGAGUCUGUUUUUGGUCAACUGUAUGGUGAUCAAGCAAGCUUUUUCGAGGCUGAAAAAGUACCAAGAAUUAAGCACAAGAAGAAAGGCACUGUGUCCAUGGUGAACAAUGGCCGUGAUCAACAUGGAUCUCAGUUUCUUAUUACUACAGGAGAUAAUCUAGAUUACCUUGAUGGUGUUCAUACGGUGUUUGGUGAGGUGACAGAAGGCAUGGACAUAAUUAAGAAAAUUAAUGAGACCUUUGUUGACAAGGACUUUGUACCAUAUCAGGAUAUCAGGAUAAAUCACACAGUGAUUUUAGAUGAUCCGUUUGAUGACCCUCCAGAUUUAUUAAUCCCUGAUCGAUCACCAGAACCUACAAGGGAACAGCUCGAUAGUGGUCGAAUAGGAGCAGAUGAAGAAAUUGAUGAUUUUAAAGGAAGAUCAGCUGAAGAAGUAGAAGAAAUAAAGGCAGAAAAAGAGGCCAAAACUCAAGCUAUUCUGUUAGAAAUGGUGGGAGACCUACCUGAUGCAGAUAUUAAACCUCCAGAAAAUGUGCUGUUUGUGUGUAAAUUGAAUCCAGUGACCACAGAUGAAGAUCUGGAGAUAAUAUUCUCAAGAUUUGGGCCAAUAAGAAGUUGUGAAGUUAUCCGGGAUUGGAAGACAGGAGAAUCCCUUUGUUAUGCUUUUAUUGAAUUUGAAAAGGAAGAAGAUUGUGAGAAAGCAUUCUUCAAAAUGGACAAUGUACUUAUAGAUGACAGAAGAAUACAUGUGGAUUUUAGCCAGUCUGUUGCAAAGGUUAAAUGGAAAGGAAAAGGUGGGAAAUACACCAAGAGUGAUUUCAAGGAGUAUGAAAAGGAACAGGAUAAACCAUCUAAUUUAGUUUUGAAAGAUAAAGUAAAGCCCAAGCAGGAUGCGAAAUACGAUCUUGUACUAGAUGAGCAAGCAGAGGAUCCGAAAUCAAGUCACUCCCACACAAGUAAGAAACACAAGAAGAAAACUCGUCACUGCUCUGAAGAAAAAGAAGAUGAGGACUAUAUGCCGAUCAAAAAUACUAAUCAGGAUAUCUACAGGGAAAUGGGGUUUGGUCACUAUGAAGAAGAGGAAAGCUGUUGGGAGAAACAAAAGAGUGAAAAGAGAGACCGACCUCAAAACCGAAGUCGUAGCCGAUCUCGAGAAAGGGACGGCCACUACAGUAACAGUCACAAAGCCAAAUACCAAACAGACCCCUAUGAAAGAGAACGGAGUAAAAAGAGAGACCGAAGCAGGAGUCCCAGGAAAUCCAAAGAUAAAGAAAAAUCCAAGUACAGAUGAAAGACAGAGAAUCAGACAUGGGUGGCUAAUGUAUUUACUGUUGUCUAACUUGGAGCACCAGGUACUCAGAUAUUGUGUCAAAGCAUCAGAGACUCUGCUUAUUUUUUUUUCACACUAGGGUUAUGGCCCUUUUCGAUUAAUACUGAUUGUAUAGGGCACAGAAAGACAAUAAAAAGUUGAACAUUUUCUUUGUAUACUUUUGUACACUAAUUUUAUUGUUAUACAUAAAUAGUGGUCUUCAUUUUUCAAGUCUUUCACAUUUUCCACUCUUCUCUUUUUUAAAUGAAGUAUUUCAUACCUACAGAAAUCCACAGAUGUGUAUAUAUAAGGUAUAAAGAAUAGUAAAUAUUUGUGUACCCAUGAGCCAGCUCAAGAAAUAGAGUAUCACCUGCAUUUUAGAAACCCUCUGUGUGUUCUCUCCUCAAGUGAUGAUUAUUCUGAAUUUUCUAUUUGUCCUUCUCCCGCUUGUUAUAGUUUUACAACAUAUGGAUGUAUUCGCAAAUAAAAUGUUAAGUUUUGUAUGUUUUUGAAUUUUAUAUAAAUAGCAUAAUGUUUGUUUA